AUGGUUGUCGAAAAACGUCCAAAUGAAGAAGUGGCCGAAAAGCCUAACAAAAAGCUUAAUACUUCUUACUCUCACGAUGAGAUUGUGAGCUUCUUGAACAAUAAGAUAUUUGAAAAUGACUUUCAGCAGAACUUGAAGCUGGACAUCACCAACUCACAGCCAUACAGAUGGGGCACAGUUACAGAAUUGAUCAACGACGAUUUGUUGCGCUCUGUCAGAAAGGAAAUCUUGGGCGAGAUUGCAUUCACAAAAAAGGAAACGGAUAUCUACAAAGUGUACCAGUCAGGAGACUUGGCGAACUUGUCUGGAUUAAAUUGGGAUGACUUGUCUAGGUUGCCUUCGUUAUACAAGUUGAGGGCGGCAAUCUAUUCAGAAGAAUUCAGAGACUUCAUUUCCAAUGUGACUGGCUGUGGCAAGCUCAGUGGUGUCAAGACAGAUAUGUCCAUCAACACCUACACCAAGGGUUGUCACCUCUUGACACAUGAUGAUGUCAUUGGCUCCAGAAGAGUCAGUUUCAUUUUGUACAUGCCCGACCCCAAGUUUACAUGGAAAGCACAUUACGGUGGUGGAUUACGCCUCUUCCCUGCUGUUGUGCCCAAUGUCCCAGAGACAGAUCAUGAGGUGAAGCUUGUUCCUCAGUUUAAUCAGAUGGCUUUCUUCACUGUUCAACCUGGUUUAUCAUUUCAUGAUGUCGAGGAAGUGCGUGUGGACAAGCAAAGAUUAUCUAUUCAAGGCUGGUUCCAUAUCCCACAACCAGGUGAGGAUGGAUACAUUCCAGGCGAACAGGAAGCCACCGAGGCAAAGAGUACUUUACAGCAGCUUCAAAGCAAGGAGCUUCAGGAGUUUGAUUUCCCAAAGCCUUUUAGGAACGACCUAUAUCCUGAAGAAAUUAAGAAAUACGAGACCUUGGACUUGGACAGUAAGUACUUUGACGACGGUGAGAAAGCAUACCUCUCAAAGUACCUUAACUCUACUUACUUGACCAAGGGUGCUCUUGAUCAGCUCAAUCAGACUUUCGUGGAAGAGUCAGUGGUGGAGAUCAAGGAUGUGUUGAAACCUGAGUAUGCUGACCUUCUCCAGGAGAAGAUGAGAAAGUUCGAAAUCGACAACAAGGUUCCACAAACGUCAAAGGAGAUUCAGUUCCCUUGGAAAUGCGCAGUCCCACCACACAAGCAAAGAUUUAUGUACAUAGACGGGAAGGGCGAGAUUGACCAAACUGAACAGGGCAUCAAGCACAACAAUCACAUCGGUCCUCAAGAGCUCCCCAACUUUGACUUGACUAAGCGCCUCACAUCUAACGGUCCAGACGAGAUGCUUCUUGAAGUAAUGGCAUUUUUGAAAUCGGUUGCAUUUAGAAAAUGGCUUGCCUACGUGACGAGUCUUGCUGUUACCAGCGACCAGAUUCUCGCUAGGAAGUUCAGACCUGGCCAAGAUUUCAUGUUGGCGACUACGACCGAAAAGGAUUUGGCUAGAGAACACAAUGGUGAGCUCAACGUUCUUCUCGAAGCCACUCUUGGACUCACACCAACGGCAACCAACCCAAAGAACUGGGAGUCAGGUGAGUUUGGCGGCUACGAGUUGUGUAUGGCCACAGGAGGAGAUUCAGAUGGAGAGUUUGAAGACGACGAUCCAGCUAUCUACAAGGCCGGUGAUGCCAGCGAUGACAGUGUUUUGUACAGCAGCCAAUGCAAGUGGAACUCGUUGUGUCUCAUGCUUAGAGAUCCAUCGGUGUUGAAGUUUGUGAAGUACGUCAGCAUCAAUGCCAAAGGCUCCCGCUGGGACAUUAGUGCCCAAUGGAAUGUGAAGUCAAUUGGCGAGGAAGAGUAA